AAUUGAUUAGCCGGGGAUUGUGGCAACACUUUCUGAGAAGUCUACGUGUUGUGCAGAGACCAGCUGUUAUCGAAGUGUAUCUGUGGUUAGAGUGUCUCUCUUUUAAAAAUGCAAAAAUUUAACUGUGUUCAAAUGGUUCUCGCGUUUAUUUUGAUGGUGCUGCAGUUUACCCAGAUUCAAGGAGGUGCUCUACAGCUGGAUAAUAGUAACUUCGAUAAUAUUAUUGGCAACAACGAACUUGUGUUUAUAAACUUUUACGCAGAUUGGUGCCGAUUCAGUAAUAUAUUGGCUCCUACUUGGGAUGAAGCUGCUGAUAAAAUUAAACAGGAGUUUCCCGAUGAAGGAAGAGUUGUUAUCGGGAAAGUGGACUGUGAUGCCCAGUCGAGUAUUGCUUCAAGAUUUCACAUAACCAAGUACCCUACCUUGAAACUCCUUCAUAAUGGCCAGGCAUCCAAAAGAGAAUACAGAGGACAAAGAUCAGCAGAUGCUUUUGCAAAUUUCAUCAAAGAGCAGUUAGCUGAUCCAGUGAAGCAAAUUGAGAACCUGGAUGAAGUACAGAACAUUGAGGAAACCAAGAGGACUGUGAUAGGCUACUUUGAAAAUACUGAAGUUCCAGAGUAUGGCAUUUUCCGAAAAGUAGCUAUUAACCUGAAGGAUGACUGUCAGUUUCUUGCUGGCUUUGGAGAAACUGUGCGUAGUAUGCAUCCACCUGGUGAGAGCAUUAUUGCUUUUAAAGCAGGCAUGUCUAAAGAAGAUGAUGCUUUCACUGGAGAUAUCAAUUCCUUUGAUGAAGUAUCAAUUUGGGCAACAGAGCGAUGUAUUCCUCUUGUUCGAGAAAUCACCUUCCAGAAUGCAGAGGAACUUACUGAAGAAGGAUUACCAUUUUUGAUCCUCUUUCAUAAUCCAGAGGAUACUGAGAGCAUCAAGAAAUACACAGCUUUGGUUCAGCAAGAAUUAACAGAUCAAAAGCAGAAUGUGAACUUCUUGACAGCUGAUGGAGUUCAGUUUGCACAUCCUUUGCAUCAUCUUGGCAAAUCUAAGAAGGACCUCCCUCUCAUUGCUAUUGAUUCCUUCAGACACAUGUACCUCUUCCCAGAUUACAGUCAGGCAUAUGUUCCGGGCAAGCUGAAAGCUUUCUUAGCAGAUUUGUACAGUGGGAAGCUUCAUAGAGAAUUCCACUACGGCCCAGACCCUGAAACAACAGAGGAAACAGCACAGAUUGAAGAUAGAUCAGGUGAUGUUAAUCAAGCUCCUAAAGAAAGACCAACAACACCACCGGAGUCAACCUUCAAGAAACUGGCACCUUCAAAGAAUAGAUAUACGCUUUUAGAAAAAGAUGAGCUGUAGAGUAUAAAAAGCUUAGAUGUUCAUAAUCAUUGGGAUAUUUUUAGCACAAGAUUGGUUAAAUUAUUAUAUUUUUAAAAUUUUGGUCUCCAAAUUAAGAAUUCAUUCACUACUGUGCAUGUGAAACGCAUGCUGUGGUGAAAUUUCAUCCAUAAUGAGGGUAGGGAUAAUCAACUGUGAUGUUAGAGUGGGUUUAAAAGUUCUAAGGAGAACUGCAAAUCUAUUUAGAGCUCUGAUAGUAAAUCUUUGUGAUUUUGUGUCAUGACAUUGAAGUGCAUAAACUUAGUAGGUAUUUGUGACCCUUCCAUGCUGUAAGUAUUACCAAAGCUUAUUCACAUCUCAGGAUAUUUUAAAAAUUGUGAAAUAAACUUAAGUGUCAGCUAUUUAAUGUAUUCGUGCGGAGUGUUUGAAUGGCUUUGGUAAAUUGAUAGAAUAAUCAUGGUUCAGUUUGUCAUAUGAUUCUUCACUGGUUAACUUUCAUAUGACUGAACUGAUUUUUAAUAUCAAAGAAAAUUGCAUCUUAUAUAUAUUUGUGCUAAAAAUUUAGAAUCUUUUUGGCCUUACAGCUUCCUAAAUUACUAGUGUACAUUCAACUUCUUACUGCAGUUGAUUUAUAAGCAGAUGUUGAAGCUCUUUUUUUUUUUAUGAAAUGUAAAAUAUUCAGAUAUAGGUAUUUAUGGAGAUUCUUCUGCUAACCUUAUUGGCAUAGCAUUAUUUUUGUGAUUCAGCAGUAAGUGGAGAAGUGGGUGAAUGCAGUGUGUUGACUGACCUGGAUCUGAUGUGUUUGGUAAGUACUUAUGAAUGUAUGUAGACUUCCCCAAGGACUGUACUAUUAUCUUUAUGUAAAAGGUAGUAGAAACAAGUAUCUGAUAUUUUUCAUGAUGCUUGUUGUUUACCCAGAGCACGGUAACUUCGUAACUUGAAACAUCUGAAUAAUUGGUUAAGAGGCAGUAUAGUUUCUAUUUUUGCUACUGCUGUCUCCUUAUCUGUAGAAUACAGUAUAACUGGACAUAUUCUAAUUAGCUGGGUACUUAGUAAUAACAGAGUAUUCUUUUGGUUUUUUCAGAGAUUUGUUAGAAAACUUUUGGGCAAGUGCAUAAAGUGAUUUAGGUUAUAGUUCUUGGUUGAAAUUGACAAAACUUGAAAAAACUGAUAUUCACAAACUUCUUUAUUGUAGUUUCUCAUGUAACUAUUCACUGUACUCUCAAAGUGCUAUUGACAGACAGACAAGGAGCGCCUAUGGUAAAUCAUUUUAUAGUAGCAAGGCAAAAGUAUAUUUGCAAACAUGAAAACUUAAUUUAAUGCUAGUCCAGGAUAUUAUUCAGGUAUAUUACAUAGCACUCUAUCCCUAGCUUAGUGCAGUAUCCCAGUCAUUUCAGUAUUCUUACAGUUACUGUACUAAGUUGAUGAUUGGCUAGAAUUUAUAGGCAAGUUCUGAAGUAGUUUUAUAUUAAGCUAGGAAUAACCUUAUUCAGAAAAUGUGUACAGAUGAAAAAUGAAAACGUGUUGCUUAUGAACAUAUAAACUGCUUGUUUGUACACGUAGUUUAUAACUUAAAAUAAUUUUUCUUUUAGGAGUGAGUGUAGUGCUGUUUAUGAAGAUAAUUAAGCUGACUAUACAACAUACAAGAGAUGUUUUGUUGUACAGAAAUUUUCUUCCAAUAGUGAAUUAAAACAAAAAAGUUAGUUUAAUAGGUUAAAAUUUUUAUAUAGUCUUGCUCUUUGGAAAUUCUCUUAGUACUUAUUUAUAAGGUAGAUUUUCUGAACUUGAAUGUGCUUAAAGGUUUGGUGCUCAGCUUGAAGAUCUCUUAGGAAAUGGAGUCUGUCAAACUUUUAUUAUCCACCUUUAGCUAGAUGCAGAAAGUUUACAUGCAACACUUUGCAUGUUAGGCACGGAAUUGUUAGGAAACAAGACGGCUUCACCUUAUUGGUGUACCUGACAUGGAUUAGAUUGUCAAAAUCCUUGAGAAGUAUAGAUGGCUUGUUAUGAACAGGGAACUACAUAGUUUUUUAAACAGGAUGUUUGUAUAUCAUUACGCAUUGUAAAUUGAUCAACAUUUUGUAACUAAUGUGUUUUCAGGUUGAUUGGUAGUUAGUAGCUUGAGUGCAAGAAUGUUAGUAGAAAGGAAUGUGAAGUGGGUUCCAGGUUAAUCAGAAUGUUGACCUAAAAUGUUUUUGAUUGUUAAUUAUGUAUGUCAUUCAUAUCACUUCAUCUCAUUUCAUCACUUUUUACCAGGAUGGGACUGGUGUCAGUGUGUAAAUUGUCGUCUUUAUUUUGCUCUAGUUCAGCAUUCGGGUUUUGUUUUAUUCUUAUGAAAGACAUCUACGGUGAAUGCCUUCAGUUUUUCCUGUUAUAGUCUUUUUCUCUAUCUUUCCAUAUGAAAAAUUCCAAGUUUAAACUGAUGAGCCACAAAUUAUAUUAGUACUAUGUAAAUGAACUAGAUAGUUUCAUGAGCUCCAUGAAAUAUUUGAGUACUGUUGUGUGUCUCCAGUCACCUUUGACUUUGCAAAAUGGCACACAAAAAUCACAUAGCCAUCAAAUUUUAUUGUUUCUUCUUUUAUUUUUUCAUGCCCUUUUUGUAGAAACUUGCACCAUGAGAAUUUCUAGAGCAUUAAUGAGGACUCUUCAUGCUUUCAUCUGUGGGCCAUAUUAUUGAAUCUUUUGCAGGUAACAUAGAUAAUUAUUUUAAUCACUGGCUUACAUAAUAAGUAGUCAUUUUCAAGCAAAAGUUUUAAUGGUUUGCCCAAAAUCAUCUUCAGUAAAGUCAUAAACAUUGUCAACACUCCAGACUUACUGGUUUGAUAUUUCAGCUUUUUCAUUCUCUAUAUGUACACAGUUUUGUUUUAUUGCAGAGACUGUUUUGUAAAUAAAAUUACUAAUGUAUUAUUUUCACCUCUUGAUAUAUUAGUCUUCAAUAUUUUCUACUGACUUCAGUGUUCAUAUAAUUUCAUCACACAAAAUUUUAAAAGGAGAUUAGAGGAAAAAUUUUAUUUGGGUUUGUCCAAAGAUGACAUGUGGUUAGAUAUCAAUACCAUAUUUUUCUAUGGCUUGUUUUCUUUUACCAUGCAAAGGAGGUGUAUUAUAAAACUGAAAUUGAAGUGUAAUAUUGCAACGUAAACAGUAUUGUGGUUAAAGACAGGUAUUGCUACAAGUCAUGAGUUCUGUGGAAAAACUUAUUCCCCUAUUGGCAAUGGUGAGACUGGUAACCUCCCUUCCACAUUGAAAAAAAGAUUUCUUUGGCCCAGAUUACAAAGAUGAAAGAAACUGUCACCCUUUUAUAUGAUGUACUUGCUGUGGUAAGAUAUUAAAAUGAUAAAACAUGUUAAAGAUACAUUGCAUUUGUCAUGGCUUACUGAUUUGUUGAAAGCACAUUUCCAUCAACACACUUAGUACACAUUGCAGUCAUGAAUAAACUCUUGCAUAUUAUUGCACAUGUCCACAACUCAGUCAAGUUUCAACAUGAUUUUUAUUGCAGAAUGAUCUCAUAGGUCCCAGUGGUUGGCCUUUGGCCUAAAUAUGAUAUCCCAAUCAGUCAAUGUGAGAAAGAAUUGCUGAAUGAGUGAGUUGUUCAGCAUUCAGUAUUAAUAUCAUUAUUAAAAUUGUGCUCAACAGUAAUUCAUGAAAAUUUUAAUCAGACUAAUGAUUCAGUGUUAAACUUAUACAAAUUAUGAAAAGGAUUUGAAUAUCUUAAUAGGAGUGGAAACCUGACUCAAUUUUUUUUUUAUAUAGAAUGUACAUACUUUGGAAGAACUAUUCAAAGUAAGGCUUAUGAAAGCCAAGUAAUGCAUCACCGUAAUUUGGCAAGACAAUAUGUAACUGAUUAGUUUUAAUAUUGUAGUACAGUUGACAGUAAACUGUAGUUUUUGAGUUUGCUGUCUUUAUUUUCAUUGUAGUAAUUUUCAAAGGGUUGCAGCAUACAAAUCAUACUUUCAUUGGUUUUAUGUUGAGUUGUUACCUUAUUUUCUUGGUUAUCAUUUUUAUUUCAAAAGCUAGACUGUCAUUUAGGAAUGGGGUGACAGUGGAAAUUAUGAAGUAAGAUUAUAAUUGUAUGAGCAAAAUUUUCAGUUUUCAAAUAAUGUUUCUAUUUUUGUUUUCAUUUUAAUGGUGUUACAAUGUGCAAUACAAUCCUGUCCUGGUAUUUUGUUCAUAAUUUUUACUUUUGAUGUGGUGCUUUUUAGAAUUUAAUAUGCAUGUAUUAAAGAGAAAGUUGAUAUGAGAUAUUGAAUACAUGAUAAAUUGUCUUGUGGCAGUUUUAAAAUAUUGAAACUAUUUAUCUAGUCUAAGAUUUAAAAAUGUUUUGUCAAAUAUCAGUAUGUAUUAUACACUACUAAUUAAUCAAGUGCUUAACUAACAGAUAUACAAUAUACUGUAUUUUUGUAUAUUUUUUCUCACUAAAUGUAAAUUAUGGAUGGAAGAGAAAAAAAUGAAAUGAAAUGUUGCCGACAAAAUGUCAUUGAUUUCCAGGUUAUGCCAUAAGUGUUCUUCAGUUUAAUGGGCCUAGACUAUGUAUUUUUCAUAUAAAGUACUUCAAAAUUUAUUAAUUUAUUUCAUUGUUCUUGUUAUAUGCAUUGAAAAGUUUUGCAAAACAUGCCAAAACAUUGAUUAGUUGCUCUUGAAUGAUAGACAGUACGUAUUGUUAGAGUAGGUGAUCCUGACAAACUUUUUAUCUGAACAACUAUAGUUUGCAAAGUUGUAAGAUUUGAAUCGGAAUUCCAUUUUGAGAAAAAAUUAAACUACCCUUACAGUCAUCUCCAAUCCUGUAAUAGUCUAUUAGAGAUAUACUUAAAUUUAAAAAGCAUAUUCGUGGUGUUAGUGAAGGCUAUAGUGUAAAAUAGGACAAAAGAUAAGCUGAUAUGGUAUAACAUAAAUAAAAAAAUGUGCAAAACAUAAUAAUUGAAAAUAUGAUUUUUACUGUUUUUCAGCAAUUCUCUGAUUCAUAGUUAUGAAUGUCAAGCAGGUAAUCUAGGGAUGGCAGAAGGGUUUAGUAUACUCUAGCUUCAAAGUGAAGUGAUGAGCACUCUAUGAGUCAAGUACAGUAAAUUGAUAUAAAAAGUCUCAUAGGUUUUGUUUAUAAUACAGAGAGUCAUCUAUUGAAGAGAAUCAUGUUCACAAACAGUUUAGGUUACAUUUAGCAAGACUUUAAAAAACUUGAUGUUUUUAUAUAACAUAGGUCUCCAUAUCUUAAUCUGUGAAUUUGAUAGAGAAAUUUUCUAGUUUGAUCAAAUAUUUGGCUAUAAAUACUAUUUUGUUUAAGUUUUCAGUCUUAAAAUUUGUAAUGGUCAUGUCUGUCUAUUAGUACAGUAUAUUGUUGAUUUUGUGCACUAAUUUUUGAACCGUAUUUUCUUAACCAAUUAAGUAAAUAUCAAAAGCUUGAGGAGUUACCAUGUAUUCCAAAUCAAAUUUUGUAAACUUGAUAACUGACUAUUGGUAUUAUGUACCUACAAUAUUAGGGUACAUUUCUUUUUUCAGGGUAAAACUGUUUACAAUAUCUUUUAGAAAAAUUUAAAUGUUAGUCCUCUUCUUUGAUGAAAUGCAAUAAGUGGUAUGGAAGCAAGUAUAGUAUUGCCUUUUAAGUUUGAUUUAAUGUUGGAGUUGUCUGAUUUCCUUAUUGAAGAUACCUCUAGUUUGGUCAUUUACAAGAUAUUUUACAACUAAUUAAGCAGUUACUCCUCAUUUGACUGGUAUAUUGUAGUUGUUUAAUUUUCAUAAUGGUGUACAGAUAACAUCCAACUAUGUGAUUAUUUUUCAUAUUGCGCUUUAUAUUUUGUUUGAUAUCCUUCAGCAGCAUUUGUUGGAAAACUGCAAAGAAAGUGGACAUCUAUUUUAUGAUUUGCAGUAAGUCAGAUUUCAUAAUUUGCAGUAAGUCAGAUUUCAUAAUUUGCAGUAAGUCAGAUUUUUUAAUCGAUUCAAGUUGUGAUUUUGGCCUUUUGGUGUAUUUUUGUAGUUUUCAUUCUACAAAUAGUUGCAGUACAGUGUAGGGUGGGUUAUUUAUAUGAUUUUGGCUUCUGCUUUGAUUCAUUUGAUACCAUAAAGUGUGUGUUGCACCCUGUACAAAAUCAUUCCAUUGCUCACUUUUCUGAGCUGUAGGUUUAAAACUGUGUUCAUCUUGAAAAUGGUGAAAGUUUGAUAACUGAAUAAAGUUAAAAUUUCCAA